ACAGCAGUGCCGAAUAAAUAUUCCUGCCAGUGAAGCCAAUACUGCAAUGGAAAACAGCGUUACUCGCCUAGCUGGGCUAAUACUGAGAAUAAUUGCUUUGGUUUUAGCACUAAUUCUAUUAGCUUUGGCGUCUGCCACAAUUGGCCUGAUCCGAAACAAUCGAUCGCUAAUCGACAAGGUGACGGAUGUGGACACCGACGAUGAUGAUGAAGUCGCACUAUCGCUACUAGUUGUCAAUACUGAGCGCACGGCAUAUUGGCUCAUCAUUCUUGCAGUUUCUGUCGUAAUUGCCGAGAUCGUUGCUAUCGUUGUGCUGCUACUGAAUGUGCAGGCUCAUCGUCUUUGCCGUGAUAUUCAGCAAGUCAUCUUCAGCUUCAUAGUUGCAUUCUUCUACUUGGCCACUGGGAUUGCGUGCGCUUUGUAUGCCAACGCAUGGGCCGCGACGCCAGAAGAAUGUAAAACCGAUGAGGACUUUGACUGUACUGAAGAGGCCUUUACUGCAACUAACGCGCUGCAAGCUGUGAGUGAUACACAUAAUUAGCAUAAGCUCGUUAGUAAUGUACAGUUAUAAGUAUAUACCGUGUACAAUGUAUGGAUUACUGGCUGCAUUCUGUAGGUAUUCUGCUUUGCACAAAUGGUGGUGUUGGGUAUCAUCGGCUCUCUGACCAUCUACGUCAUUAUCCAGAGGAAAAACUCAAGCAGUUGAACAUAAAACAGAGCAAUAAUAGUUAGAUUAUACAAUUAUAGCUGGCUUACUUUGUGUUUUCAAUGAUGUAUUGCU